AUGGACACCGAUGCGCAGUCUUCGUCAGAUGAAUCAUUAAUUCAGGAACAGGUAAGUCAUUAACAUUUUCAAUUAUUUGCGAAAAACUCUCGAAUUCAGAUAAGAAAACUAUAUCGAAUUUGUGACCCGCAGAGCAACAGGAUUAUUCAAAAGGUUUUUGGUGUUAAACUGUGCGUAGCAAAUAAAAAUUAUAUAAAUUUCAGGAGGAUCUCAACAAAAUCGCGGACCUUGUGCCGCGUCAGGUGCAUGAACUAAUAGCACAGAAAAUUGGGGACUCCAGCGUCACUGAAGAAGAGUUUACUGAAAUCUUAAGUAAGCAAAAUAGAACAAAAAAGCAUGAGUAUGGUAAAAAUGUUCUUGGACAAAAACAAGAAAUAUCAUUAUUAUGAAAAAAAAUCGAAACCAUCGAAGGCUUUUUCGCUGAAUAAAACAUAAAAAAAAUUAUGUCGACAGAGAUAUAAAACUCAGAAAUUAACUCAAAAAAACAUCGUUAUAUGAAUUUAGAAAAAAACCUUUAAUCAAAUCUAUUCAUAAAGUUUUUGUAAAGUCUACAAGUUCCUGAUUUUUCAGUUAAGAACGACACAGUUUUUGCGGAUACACUCCCAUACGCGCAAAAAGUUUAUAUGGUCUUUUUAACAUAACGUUAUCUCAAAAAAAAAUUUUUGUCCUUGUUUUUUUUUUUUUCAAAUGCUUUUUUUAUGUUCUAAUUAAAUAGAACUGACGGCAAAGUUGACCGGCCUAGAAUUGUCUUAAACAUGCGAGAACUGUUUUGUAUUAGUAGAUAAAAAGUUCAGUUUAUUUAGAAUAAAUUUAUUUCAAAAUAUUUACAAUAAAUUUAUUGUAAAUAUUUUAACAGUCGAACGAAAAUAACAGUUAAUAUUUAUAUAGAAUUUUUUUGAGUAUUUUUUUCCAUCAGAAUUACUUUUUAUUGUUGGCUUUCCGCCCUUGGCUAAUUAUCUCUGCACGCGUAAUUUAAUAUGAAGCACCUCAUUUUACGCAUCAUAAUUUUUUGGUUUUUUUUUUCCAGAGUCAAUUGUCAGUCCAAUCGAUGUGGAAUUUUCGCACAGUGUAAGUUCUUGUUUGAAGUUUCAUUGAAAGUUUCGUUCUUAGGAUAAAGUUGUCGAUGAUAAGCCUAAUCUGUAUGAGCAAGUCAUGAAAGAGCCAAACUUGGCCGAUGAAUUAGCCGAGCUCGAGAAGUCGCCGGCAGACGAUCCGCUAACGCAAAUGUUGCGGUAAGAAGUGCAAUUUUCGUUUAAAUCAAAGAAAAUUUCCAGCGAUUGUUUGGAAGAAGAUCACAACUUUCAAAAAUUGGCUUACACGACGAACGGCGAACCUUUUCAAAGGUUUCGGACAAAAAAAUUUUCUGUUCUUUAGCCAAAAAAAGUUUUCUUUUCAUCAAUUUUGUUUUUUUUUUUAGUCAGUCAUUCCUCCCAAACGACAUCAACGGCUUACAAACCAUCCGCGAAACUGCCGAAGUUCAAAUAAACGUAACCAUUUUUUCAUUUGGUUAAAUUGAACUUUUUUUUUCAAGAAACCUCUCUAUCGACCAAUCCAACCAGAGUUUGGUGCGAAAAUCACAUCACUGGCCGAUGUUCGUGACACCUUUUUAUUCAUUCCAUUACUUUUUCAUUUUUCAGGAGCUUUGCGCCGCCGAAAAACGUGAGGAAGUGGAAGAGGUGACUAAAUGGCGAGAAACCGGGAAAAAGGGCAAAAUUACAGGAAAUUCAACAGUUUUCGACGCCCGAUCGUAUUUUCAAAGUAGUUUUUGUUGGAGAUUCAGCAGUGGGCAAAACUUGCUUUCUUCACAGGUAAAAAAGAUCAUUCAAUCUCUUCUUUCUGAAAAAAGGAGACUUUUUUCAAUAAGAAACCUUCAAAAAAAAACUGUUAGAAUGAAUAAAAAAUGAACUUUUUUUACUCAAAAUUGACCCAAAUGUUAGUAGACGUCCGAAAAAAGGGAUUUUCAUCAGUUUUAGCUUUGGGGGGCACUCUUAUCAGAACUAUUAGCCCUCUUUUCAGAUUCUGCCACAAUCGUUUCAAACCGCUCUUCAAUGCCACUAUUGGCGUCGAUUUCACCGUAAAAACAAUGAGAUUAUCGACGAAUCGGUCCAUCGCCAUGCAACUUUGGGACACGGCCGGUCAAGAAAGGUGGUUAAAAAAUCGAAAAUUGUUCUUUAACUUACGUUUAAAAAAACGUUUUCAGAUUCCGCUCAAUAACCAAGCAGUACUUUCGGAAAGCCGACGGCGUCAUUCUGAUGUUCGACGUGACGUCAGAGCAGAGUUUUCUGAACGUCCGCAAUUGGAUCGACUCUGUCAAGGCCGGCGUCGAUGAACGGAGCGUCAUGUGUCUGGUUGGCAACAAGGUUUAGUUCAGGCGAAUUUCGAUCUUGAUGAAGAAAAUUAUAGGUUGAUUUAUUCGGCAGUGAUACCGCAAGGAGUUCAGUUUAUCGAGCUGGAGAGAAGUUGGCGAAGGUUAGGCCAAACGAUAUAUUUUCAAUAAUUUGUUGACGAAGGCUGGUCUGAAAUUGGAAAAAAACUGGCUCGUCAGGAAUUUUUCAUAUCUGGCUUGAAAUUUUUCGGCUUUUCUUUUAAUCAAAUCUGAACAACCUAAGCGCAAUAUCAACCAGAGACAACUCUGAGAUGAAACUUUUUAAAUUUUUUAAAAUUCGAAAAAAAAAAGAAUAAAAGCCAUCAAAACUCGAAUUUUGAGGAAUUCGGGAUGCCGUUCUGCGAAACGAGCGCCUACACUGGUUAUGGCAUUGAGAACUGCAUGAAAGAAAUGGCUGAGUGAGUUUUUUCCAGUUUUCAUUUUCGUAGUUUUCCUGUUGCAGACGACUCCAAAAACGAGAGGACGAUCAUCUGGAAGAAGCUCUUCGAUUGGAGAUUGAUCCGCCCGUCAAGAAACGCAGCUGGUGCUGUGUAUGA